AAGCCAAACUUGGUCCUUCCUCUCGAACCGCGUAGGGGUCCCGGGAAAGCGGCCGGAAUCCGCGCGGCGUUCAUGGCGCUUUACGAGCUCUUCUCUCACCCGGUGGAGCGCGGCUACCGCGCGGGGCUCUGCUCCAAGGCCGCUCUGUUCCUGCUGCUGGCCGCCGCGCUCACGUACAUCCCGCCGCUGCUGGUGGCCUUCCGGAGCCACGGGUUUUGGCUGAAGCGGAGCAGUUACGAGGAGCAGCCGACCGUGCGCUUCCAGCACCAGGUGCUGCUCGUGGCCUUACUGGGACCGGAGCGCGGCGGGUUCCUGGCCUGGAGCACGUUCCCCGCCUUCAACCGGCUGCAGGGGGAUCACCUGCGCGUCCCGCUGGUUUCGACUCGAGAAGAAGACAGGAACCAGGAUGGGAAAAUGGACUUGUUACAUUUUAAACUGGAACUUCCCCUGCAGUCCACGGAGCACGUUCUCGGUGUGCAGCUCAUCUUGACUUUCUCCUACCAAUUGCACAGGAUGUCCACAUUCGUGAUGCAGAGCAUGGCGUUUCUCCAGUCCUCCUUUGCUGUUCCAGGGUCCCAGUUGUAUGUGAACGGGGACCUGAGGCUGCAGCAGAAGCAGCCCCUAAGCUGCGGUGGCCUCGAUGUCCGAUACAAUGUGUCUGUAAUCAAUGGGACCAGCCCUUUUGCCUAUGACUACGACCUUACCCAUGUUGUUGCUGCUUACCAGGAAAGGAAUGUAACCACCGUUCUGAUGGACCCCCACCCCAUCUGGCUGGUGGGAAGGGCGGCCGAAGCUCCAUUUGUGAUUAACGCUGUCAUCCGAUACCCGGUGGAAGUCAUUUCAUAUCUCCCAGGAUUCUGGGAAAUGAUAAAGUUUGCCUGGAUCCAGUAUGUCAGUAUCCUGCUUAUCUUCCUGUGGGUAUUUGAAAGAAUCAAAAGAUUUGUGUUUCAAAAUCAGGUGGUGACCACGAUCCCUGUCACAGUCAUGCCCCAGGGAGAAGUGUAUAAGGAGCACUUAUCAUAAGAAGACCAUUUCUGAGAACUAAGCAGGAUCCUGGCUACCUCAUUGUUGUCUUCUGAGAACUGCCAUCGUAAGUUUUUGCCAAGAGCC